CUCCCGUCUCCAUUUUCUCUCUGUCUCCCUUUUCCCCUCCUCUUUUGUUCUUCCCCUAAACAUAUUAAAAAAUAUAUAUUAAUUCUUUGCCCUACGCAUUUCUUUCUCUUCUACCCUGUCUAGUUAAUUAUUUUUUUUGUCGUUUCAGCUGGUUCUGUAACUUCAAGUGUCACUCUCUUCUGGCCGCUCAAUAUCACGCCACUAUACACAUAUUCAUAUCCAUCAUCGGCAUCAUCAACAUGAAGACCACAGUCUUUGUCACGCUUCUCUCAGCGGCUGCUUCGCUCGUCAGCGCCGGCAUUGUCGUCACGCCUGUGUUCUUUAACCAGAUCGUUGAGAAGCUCUCUGGCGAUUGUCCUUUUGGCGUAGUUACUCCUCAAGGUUGCGCUCCUCAGCGCGGUUAGAGACUGAGCUCUCUAGCCCGUGGUUGAUUCGAUUAUAGUGAUUUGGUUUGGCGUUUUCAGACAGUUCUAAGAACUCUUCUAUUUGGAUGUGUUAAAGGCUUGAGCAGAUAAGAAUUUCAUAAUAUUUAAGCGUGUCCUUCAACCUCCAAAGCGUCUCCAUCCUGCACAAGUAGGACUAAAGCUCGUUGAAUUCGAACUUGA